CCGUGGAGUUUAGUUUCUGCUAUAAAAUAUGUUACUUACAAUUACAUAUACGUAAUGAAAAAUGAUAGAGAAAGCAAAAAGAUUAUAGAAGUCAAUGCACAAAAAUAAGUAGUGUGCUACUAGUAAUAGUCUAGCGGACUGUUCUAUCGCCAAAUAACCUGUAAACAACCAGAAAUUGGUGGAUGAAACUGCCAUUUGCUUGAUGUUCGUCUGUAGAAGCUAGGCGCUGUCUUUUUCCCCGUCUUAACCUAUCAGACGACGAUGACGACGACUAAAUAAACUGUAAGAUUUAAAUAGUUGUAUUCGGUGGAACGGAAAGGAAAAUCAAAACAGUGUUCCAGGCAUGUGAGUAAUAAUGAUUGCGGAACAGACGUUGACGCGAAACGCUGCCGGAAAUGUGGUGGGUUUAGGACGACCUGCGGACGUAGAGUUAGAUCACCGGGUUCGCUCUGUGAGCAAUAAGUUUGCUGAUAAUGUACAUAUAAUCGCCAAUGAACCGACCCUUGCGUGCUAUCGUCUACAGGAGCACGUGCGGAAAAGUCUUCCAGGACUUGUUGAAAAGCAAUAUGCGCUCGUAAGAAAUGAUCGUGCUCUCGAAGGGCGUGUAUUUGAUCUCGAUUAUGAUAUUAAAGCAGUAAAGGAUAUCUACCCGGCCGAAGCGCGUUUUCGGACGGUUCAAGAAAUGUUGAAAAACAGUAUAUUUAUGAAGCAAGAGCUUGACCAAAGUCGGAUAGCACGUAGCUAUACGACAAAUGAAGACAAACAGAGCAAAAAAAUGAAAAGGUCUUCAAGAUCGUUCGAUCGACAAGGCACGGAAGGGGUCCGCUUAAGUACAGCAAGCGGCGAGCAACGAAGUACUCCGUUGUUAAUUGAGAAUUCCAUAGGAGAGCGUGGGAGAGGCAGUUUAAAAGACAAUUCAAAAGAACGCUCGGGAAGUAUACAAUCAACGGGCUCUUACAAAAGCUUCCUAUAUCAUCGGAUAAAUGCUCCAACAAAAUAGAAUGUUUUCUCAUUGCUUAUAUAACGCUUGUGCAUACUUCUUAAUCUUCUGCACUUCUUCAGAAGGCGUAACAUUAGGCACAAACGGUCUUCAAUACGAUCGUUCUCAAGGUGUAUUUGUGUUUCGACGAAAUGUCGUACGAUAUUUGAGAGCUGAAUAGAAAAUCAUUCGCAAUUGCGCACUAAUGAAAGACUCUGCAAGAUGUAUCAAAGAGUUGUCGUAACGUCUUCAACUAUAUACUCAAUGUUCUAUUCACACAACAAAAACAAUUCACAAAUCUAUGAUGCAUUUCACGUAGAAUCGCCUGCUCCACAUUUCAGGACUAAGGAAAUUGAAGCUUUGAACACAUAGCAUAUUAUAUCAUUAUAUCCUUAUUUGGCCAGUUAUGUAUGUCGACUUUUCAUAAGGUGAAUGAAGUAAUACUUUGUAUUCACAUAAACAAGGAGUGGUGUAUAUAUUUAAGUAAACAGGCUAGAGCUACAGCGGUUGUAUAAUGUGGCUAGGUAACUGCUGUCUUUUUAGUAGUAAAGGCGCAUCUAACAUGACUUAAGUCGUUGCUUCUAAAAUAUAAUUUUGCUUUUACUUCUGAAUGAAAGCAAAGGCGCUAUAAAUAUUAGUCAGCUGUUCUUGUUGAUCAAAAAUUUAAAUAAACUUAACACACAGGCCGAACGCUGCAUCAGUUCGAAAAGUCAA